AUGCGACACACGCUUCUGGAACUCAAUGACAUGAAUCAUGCCAACGACCUUCCCAAGGACUUGGUUUUUCAGCAGAUCAUGCAGAAGUUCCUUCAGUUUGAUGUGAAAGACUCGGGUCGUCAGGUCCGGACGGUCAGCAGCUGUUUGGUUCGGGAAAAGAUGACCAGGAGCGUGUAA